GACCUCCGACAAGCCUGACUCUCGCCUGCGUCCAGCUGGCAGCCUCCCGUUGACGGUUCUGUUGCAGUUGAGGAGUGAGCCGGCGGUCGUCAUGGGCAACAUCUUUGGAAACCUGUUGAAGAGCCUGAUAGGGAAAAAGGAGAUGAGGAUCCUCAUGGUGGGGCUGGAUGCCGCUGGGAAAACCACCAUCCUUUAUAAGCUGAAGCUCGGCGAGAUCGUCACCACCAUUCCCACAAUCGGCUUCAACGUUGAGACAGUGGAGUACAAGAACAUCAGCUUCACUGUGUGGGACGUUGGCGGCCAGGACAAGAUUCGUCCCUUGUGGAGGCACUACUUCCAAAACACUCAGGGCUUAAUCUUUGUGGUGGACAGCAACGACCGUGAGCGUGUGAAUGAAGCUCGAGAGGAACUCAUGAGGAUGCUGGCUGAGGACGAGCUGCGGGAUGCUGUUCUUCUUGUCUUCGCAAACAAGCAGGACCUUCCCAACGCCAUGAAUGCAGCGGAGAUCACAGACAAGCUGGGUUUGCACUCCCUGCGCCACCGCAACUGGUACAUUCAGGCCACCUGCGCCACCAGCGGCGACGGCCUCUAUGAGGGCCUGGACUGGCUGGCCAAUCAGCUGAAGAACAAAAAGUGAAGGGCGUGGUCUGGAGAGCGGGGAAGUGCCGGCUCCAGGUAGUACUUCUUUUGGAUGCAUUGAGUUUACAUGGAGAGGCAGUGCUGAGAAGCUCCUUCCCGAUACCCCCCAAAAACGUCACUCUUGUUCUUUUACUUGAUUACUUAUUUGUUUGGAUCUCCAGUGAGAGUUGUUAAUCAUGUGCAAACCAAUAUGCCCUAAAUCUUUUGCUUUUUACACACUGUAUACAUAAUUGGGAUGUACAAUGUGAAUUAUAUACAAUAUUAAUGAAAUUACACAUAUUUUCCCUCCUUUAUGAUUUUGUUAUGGUAUUAACUUGUGCUGGAGGAGUGAUGUAACCUAAAUGUAUUUGAUGUAAAUGAUAAGAAAUGUGACAUUACCAUUGUGGGACUAGCCAAAUUGUUAAAAACACUAUGGUCAUAUAUUCAUCCUUAUUUGUCCAAAACCAAUGCGGUGCAUCAGAGUUAAGUGCAUAUUUUACAUUAUCUAGUUUUAAAUAUCUAUUCUGAUGCAUUUAUUUCACCUCAUAACACACUGGAUAAUUUUAAAGAGGUAAAAUUUCAUCAGUGUUUAUUUAUUCUGAAGCAGAUUUGUUGACGUGUUGUUGUAUAAUACAGUAUAUCACGUAUUUGCUAAUGGAAGCAGUGAAAGAAGAAGACCUCAAACGAAUAUAGUAUAUUACUGCUUCCCAUGCUGCAUGUGAAUAUGGACAAUAUAAGCUCGUGGGUUUACGAGAGCCAUAACUCGCUGCCGACUGAUGUAAAUAAAGACGUGCUUGGUCCACUUCCCGUGCUUGAUAAGGGUUCUAUUAAUGUGUUUGGUGUCGGUGAGGUGUGGUCGCUGUACUGAUGCAGGAGCCAGCGCCCGGCAUCUCAGACUACAUGCUGCUGUUUGCUGGCGUAGCCACCAAUGGACAUUGUUUACUUUUCAGCGCCGUUGUAAAAGCAGCUGCGUUAUAGCUGUCAAAGCAUUGAUCCCUAAUUGGCCUAACAAUAUGUGUUUCUUUUGUAUGACUUGCGAAACCAUUUAGCAGCAAAAAUAAAAUAAAAAUCACACUAUUAUAA